AUAGGACAUUGUAGCAUGUUAAUGUACACAUCUCCUGUAAAGAACCAUAUGAUAUGUUGUCAUUGCUGUCUGAAGUGAAUUUAGGUCCAACAGCAUACUUGGGGUCAACAUUAAGUACUAAUAAGCAGUAGCAUUUUAUUUUUACCUAAUGCAACACGGUAAGGCUGCGAAUCUUUUAGGAUGCUCCCAGUUAAAGAAUGAAAGAAAAAUUUUUUCUUUUCUAAUGGAGCCGUUUCCCUGUGGAAUUUAGAUUGCUGCCUGCUCUAAGAGGGAGAUGUUAGAUUCAAUCUUGCAGCUAUGGCAAGACGUGUUUUCUUAUAAUGAAGUAAGUCUGCAAUAUAAAUUGAAAGCUCCCAUUGGUAAAUAUGUUUAAAGUUAGUGAAAACAAGGAUGGUCUGUUACUUAAUGAACUGUUAUUACUGUAUUUGAGAUAAAUUACAUGACUUGAUAAGGAAAAUGUUUUCUUGUUUUGGAGAGUUUGUAUUAAGUGUGUAUACUUCGCAACCUCGCUUUGGCUUUUAAAAUAUCCAGUCUCCUCAAUUACAAAACGAUUAGUACGUGUUUUUUGCUUGAAACAUGAAUUAAUUUGAUGUUAUAAUUAUUUUUAAAGUUGUAAAUUCAUUGUUAAUAUGACACGUUAGAAAUUAAUUUGUUUUUCUAUCUUACUCCAUUCAAAAUCACUUACUAGUCAUAUGUCAAGCAAUGAAAUGCACAUGAAUUGAACAUCUUUUUAAGAGUGAAGAUUUUGCUGUAUUUUCUGUCUAGAGUUGUUUGUCAAAGUCGAUAAAAAGAGGAGCGCUUUAAUGCGUGCAAAAGAGACGCGAAAUAGGCCAUCCACCAAGCCAAGAAAAUCUUGUGAUUAACUGACUUAAAAAGUGAUUUGAUAAUGAAAAUACCCAGUAUGCCGGGGCGAACUUGGUAUUUUCCCCGGCAUUUACCGUAAAGUUUUUCAGGUUUUAUCUAUAAAUGUGGGAUGGCAGCUCCAUCUAGCAGCAAAUGUCUUUACCAUUGUGGUUUGAAAAAAAUGUAGCGAUAGAAUGGGCGACCCUACCUCACCAUACGUUUUGCAUGACGCAGAUGCCAAUAAUAGACCGUGUCAAUCGCAUACCACAUCCAGAUUUUCACAUUUCAUGUUGAUAACGCCUGCUCAAUUAUAUAUAAAUUUGCUAUGAUUUUCGCCCUGACGAUUUGAAAGAAUCCAUAUGUAAUUGAUUGUAUUGUUUCACUAAGAUAACCAUUCCAAAUUCUCCCAACCGGGGCUCCAACCAGUGGUGUGGUGCUAAUGAAUAACAAGGGGGGCUUUUGCACAGAAUGUUGCAAAAAAAAUAGCAAAGGUAGAAAUUUGCUAGAUUUUGGCAUUAGAAAGGGGGGCUCAGCCCCUGCACAACAACUCUGGCUCUAACGCAAACUUGAGAGUUAGGGACCCAAAGGCAAAUUAAAGACCCAUAACAAAAAACUGCAAAUAAGCUCUAUUGUUUUAUUCUGCUUUCAAUUGAACUGACCCCCUCUUUUAUGGUCUUAACAACCAACCACAACCAGGGUUUUAUGUCAUUUUACUUUUUCGAAACGUAUAUUUUGAACUUGAUGUGGUCUUGAUAUUCUGAGCUUUGCAGCCUCGCUUUCGUAUAGCAAAAUGAGGUUGUCCGAUGAAAUUCCGAUAGCGAGAAGAAACGCGCCAAAUUUAGUGGAGGAAGUGAAGGGGAAAGGACAAAACUCGUUUGUUCCAGAGCCUCCAAGUGACCUCUAGAGUAAGAACGAUGCUUGCAAAAAGUUUUCAACUUCCAUUAGACGUUUUUUGAUAAUUUUAUGUUUGUUUAUGUGUUGUGAGCUUACAGCAGGUGGCCAACACAGUUGGCCUGUACACUAUGUAAUGUAAUGUGAUGGAUUCGGCCUAAUUCCUAAAUAAAUCGAAUCACAAAUCGAAUAAUCGGAGAGUGAUAAAAGUAAAUAAAAAACGAUAUGUAUUUUUUGAAAGCUGGUCAUGAAAAAAGGGCGUACUGAUUUUUAACAAAUUUUUACAUUGUGUUAACUAGUUCAGAGUAGGCAUGAAUACAUUUAUAUUGAACGUUUUUCACUCUGAUCUAUAAAGAUAGGUAGGGGCAGACAAAAUGCUAGGGUAUUUGUGUGUGCGUUAAAGGGGUGUUGCACCUUUUACUCAGCCAGGUCAUUUUAAGAUAGUUUGGUCUACGGAAUAUGUUUUAUGGAGUAGAUCCAAAACGAAAGCUAAAAUGAAAUUUUGAUGGCAAAUUUGUUUCAACUUGUGGCUACUUGAUGGUUCUGGUGCAGGCUAUUGCUUUAGGUGGCCAAUUCACUUCAACAAGGAAGCUCAAAAUUGCUCAUUUAGUGGGCAUAGAGGAAGCAAAAGAUGGUUGACACAUAUAGUUACUUAGCAAGCUUUUGAUUCGCCUUCUUGGAUGAAAGAACGAGAGUAUGGUUGCCUGUUUGUGGUUUGUUUGUGGCAGCUCCUUAAUAUGGGCAUUGGCGUAUUUAGCGUUAUGUAACGUGAAUCAUAUGCACACUUCUGAAUGGAACUGUCGCAUUAUUGCAAUGAUACACUCGCUGCUAGUUACAAAACUCGUCGAAGUCAUGGCACUCAUAACCGGGCCUUGGCCUUUCACCACUCUUGCCCACCCAAAUACAUCAUUACAAAAUAUAACACUCAUAAUUAGCGCCGGGUAUUUCAUCUUUGAUAUUAUCUGGUGCACUGUGAUGCAAACUGAGGGAUAUACCAUGAUGGCGCAUCACGUGAUUAGUGCUGUUUCGCUUAUUGGGGUGCUGUUGCAUGGCAAAUCUGCGUCUGAAGUUGUUGCGGUUGUAUGGGGAUCCGAACUCACCAAUCCGUUUUUACAAAUACGAUGGUUUCUAAGGGAGGCCAAAGCAUAUGAUACGAAGCUUAGCAAAGUUAAUGAUGCGAUUUUCAUCAUUUUGUUCGCAUUUGUACGAGUAGGAAUUGGUGCAUACGUUGAUUUCUUGGUAUUGCAGUCAGCAACGACAGUCUGGUGGAUCAAAAUAGGGGGCACCGCCUUCUAUUUGAUUGGGCUUAUUUGGAUGUGGCAAAUUCUCUGCUUUGCAAAGAAGCGCUUUUUCUCAACAAAAAAAUAUUGAGGCCCGCUCUUGUCUUUGAAAUUAUAGGCAAAUGUUUUACGUAUAGAGAUAGAGUAGAUUAUUAUCACAGCGUGUACGUCAUUUCCCAUAUAUAUUUACAAUUCUUUUUACAAUUUUCGAAAAACUUAUAGUAAUUAGAACUAUAUCAAGAGUGUAAUAUUAGAGAUGCAGUCGGUUUUAAUAAAAAAAGAGUCUUACUAUGCAUGCACUGUAUUAGGUAUUAUUAGAAAUGAU